GCAGUCACGCCGGUCACACUGUCACCCGGUUUUCAAGACACAGUGACAAACUCACGGAAAAAUCAUGAAGAUCUGGGCAUCAGAACACAUUUUUAAUCACCCAUGGGAAACCGUAAUUAAAGCAGCAAUGCAGAAGUACCCGAAUCCGAUGAAUCCCAGUGUGAUCGGCGUGGAUGUACUGGACAGACAAGUAGACACACAAGGUCGAUUGCACAGCCACAGGCUGCUUAGCACGGAAUGGGGACUACCUUCCAUUGCUAAAUCAAUCAUUGGAACAACACGGUCAUGCACGUACGUUCAGGAACACUCGGUAGUGGACCCAGAAGAAAAGACAUUUGAGCUCAAAUCCACAAAUAUCUCUUUCACUAACAUGGUGUCCGUGGACGAGAGGCUGGUAUACAGACCACACCCCCAAGAUCCAGAAAAGACAGUAUUGACUCAGGAGGCACUGAUAUCUGUGAAGGGCGUGAGUCUAAGCAGUUACCUGGAGGGUCUGAUGGCCAACACCAUCUCCACAAAUGCAUCAAAGGGUCGUGAGGCCAUGGAAUGGGUCAUUCACAGGUUAAAUGCUGAAAUCGAGGAGUUGGCAGCGACAGCACGAGGCUCCAUUAGGGUUCCCAUGGCAGCAGCCGUCACAGAAAAAUGACCCCUAUACCAGUAUCUCCCUCUCUUUUUUACACAUGCACAUACAUACAUACACACACACACACACACACCCCUACACAUACAUACGCACAUACCUGCUCUUCAUCUGACCUCUGUUGCCUUGUUAACACAUCCACCCUCCCUGCACCACCAACUCAUCUCAGACCAUCAGACAGACUUUGUCCACCUUUGGUUUCACCAUCCACACACACACACACACACACACACACACACUCACCUCAUCAAACCAGAGCACUCAGCUGGACUCCUCCCACUAGACCAGCCUUUGCGUCCUCUAUACCAUCUUCUUAACAGUCGUUGGUGUGAACAAUUCCCAGAGAACCAUGUGUGGAUGCUUGUACUGGGAGUUUGAAGACCAGUUGUGACCGUUGAGAUCUUUCUGAGACUCCAUAGCAAAAAAGAGGGGUUUUUUUCUGUUGAGGUUGGGUGUGUGAGCAGGUGCUAGCUACCCACGCUAAAGCUAGCCAUGCUAUGACCACAAACCGGAUAACGUUACAGGACCACAAAUGGGGAACCACUGUUUAAAGGAAAACAAAAAGAGCAGUAUGUUCUCAAAGUCUACCACAUGGGACCGCUUUUGUGAACAGACUAAAGGACUAGAUUUUAUCUUUCUUUUUCUUUCCUAUUUAUGCGACUGUUGUGUUGUCAGGAUAAAGAUGUGGAAUGUUACAGCUUAUUUAAAAGAAUGUCUCAUUUUGUAGACUGAAUUAACAUUGCUCUUUGACCUUAUUGUCAGUAUGCUUUUAGUUAAGCAGUGUGGAGAACGGCUAGAACAUAUUUAAUUUUUGUGUCCUCAUGUUUUGUUUUUGUUUUGUGUUUUUUCUCAGUGUCCACAAUUUCAGUUCUUAAAUCUGA